AAGAAGCCACCGCGGCGGUUCCGUGUUCGAAACUGCUGAAGACCAGAAGUAUCUGUCUGAAUUUGACAACUUAAAUUAUGAAAAAGAAAUAAGAAAAUAACACUUCUGUUCAUAACGCCAGAAUGACAGACAGGAAACCGUGUAAGGUGUGUAAUUUUACACGACAGAAAUCAUACGGGUUGGUAGUUCCGUCUUUAGAUGAGCUGAAGACAAAAGGAUGUGAGUUUCUUGGGUUCAGCCCCGAUGAGAGGGUCACAGUGGUUCUAGAGGAUGACGGGACAAUAGUACAGGAUCAGGCCUACUUUUUGUGUUUACCUCUAAACACAAAGUUCAUGUUGUUGCAUGAAAAAGAGACAUGGUCUCCAGCUCGCAGGAUGGAUGGUGGCACAGCCUGGAUGGCCAGGGAUUCUAUGAUUCUGGGGGCCGAUGCAGUGGACGCCUCCGCUGCUGCAUCGCCCUGGUGGCACCUGGCUCAGCAGCUGAAGCAGGACCUUACCAGCAUCAUCUUCAUGUCUGAGGAAGACUUACAGACCUUAGUGGACGCCCCGAGCCCUGAGCUUGCCUCUGCUCUGGGCUUCCAACAGAAGAAGGCCGAGGACCUGCAGGAGACCAUGCAGAGGGUUUUGGACCGACGAGAGGAAGAGAGGCAGUCCAAGGAGUUGCUCCAGCUCUACCUCAAAGCUUCAGAGAGCGAUGACGGAAAACAGGAGGAGCCAAGCCAGCCCAGCCAGGAAGGGGCUGGAGAUGCGGAGGUGGAUGGGAUGGAGGUGGACUCUGCGUCUGGAUUCAUGCCCAGGACACUGAUGGUCCUGAAAGGCAAAACAAGCCCUGAGACCAGACUCUCCACUGAGGAUCUGCAGAUGGUAGUGUCCAAAGGGGUGGAAGUCAUGGAGCAGGUGCUGGGCUUUGACAGAACGAAGACGUCUGAGCUGCUGCAGGCCUGCAAAGCUGAGCUGAACAUACGUCUCCAGCAGGUUCAGGCCAUGCAGUCCAUCAGGAGCGCCACGCAGCCGGAGAGCAGUCAGCAGUCCAGUGAGCAGAGCACCGAGGAGGGUGCAGAAACACCAGCCCAAGGCAGCGACUAGGCUGAGGCUAUACCUGAGCAGAGACUGAUAAGAAUUCACACUACCUGCCUCAGGGUCAGAAGAAUGGGAUUUAACCUGUGUUACUGAUAAUAUCCAUAAUGCUGGAAUUCAUGAAUGUUAAUGAUGUUGACAUUUGCUUCGUUUUGUAAAACUUGCAAAGCACCUGAAUGCUUUUGCAUCAAGAGGAAGCAGAGUCAUUUGCACAAGUCAUGUUUAUCAAAGACAUGCUGACGGUAACUACCAGCAUCAACUUUCUAUUGGCGACAUAUGUUGAUGAGCGCCAUGCUGUGAAAGUAAUCACAUAUAAACACAUCCAUGUGAAACUUAAAGCAAAACAUUUUGGGAAAUGUGCUCAUUCGCUUUGUUGUCGAGAGCUAGAUGAGAACAUCGAUACCACUCUUGCAUCUGUUUGUUUGAUAUGUAGCAGCCAGCUAGCUUAGCUUAGCAUAAAAACUGGAAACCGGGACACAGCUAGCCUGGCGCUGCCCUUUAAAAGUCAGAGAUUUGAACCUCUCAGUAAACUGAGAUUGCUUCAAGUUGAGCGGUUGUUUUUGCUUUGGUUUGUUUGUUUUGCUAGUCAGUUUGCUGUGCAGUGUAUUUCUGGGGACGUUAGGGGCCCCAGAUUUUGCUGCAGAGUGAGCGCUCUUGACUUUCACGCUACUCUUUGGUACAGGCUGCUGCAGGGAGCACAGAGGAAGACAGACUUUUGUUUUAUGUCAAGUCUCAGCAAAAAAUAUUGUUGCAUAGUUCCUACCUGUCAUUAGGGCACUUAGCUUGUUCACUAUUUUACGUGAAUGCCACUUUAAAACUUUAUACAGGGGGAGAAAACAACAAUAACAAAAAAGAAUCAUCAAAUAUUUGCAUUGAAAAGCGAAAUCUUUUUCAACUGGAAUAAUUCUGAGUCUUGUACAGCCCUACUCUGUCCAAAGGUACCAAAUUCUGCUUGCCAGCACCUCAUAAGAUCAAAAAUUAAGAUCUUCCUGUAGUCUCUGCUGGUUGCUUGGCAACUUAACUACAAUGACAAGACUCCAAGGAAAAUAUAAAAGAAGGUACGGUCGUGGCGACAGUGAGAGUUCUAUCGGAGUCCAUGGGUCAGGCACUGCAAAUUAACCCAUCAUAUUUUUGUUGAUUCAACUUUGACUGAAAAAUCCUUGCACCAGAUUAAAUAACACACAUAUUGUGAUGUUGACUGAUGUUUUUUUUUAACGAAAUAUACACGCUUGUUUUCCUUGUUAUCGGUCGCCUAACAGAUCUUGACUCAAUCCUGCAGAGGCUGAAAUGCAGAGGCAUGAGAGUGGUGUUAAUCUUCUCAGCAAAGUCUAUGCAAAUAAGUGUACUUACCAAAAUGCUGAUUUAUUGCAUAAAGGUUUUAUAUUAACUGAUAUUGUUGAAUCAUCUCCCAGAUUUAUUGUUUACAUUCUGCUUCCCCUUAAAGAAACACUCCACCCCAAUAUCAAAAAUACAUAUUUAUUCCUGUUAACUGUAGUACUAUGUAUCAGUCAUGAUUGUUUUGGUGAGAGUUGAUGAGUGUUGGCAUUAUCGACUGCAAAGAUGUUUCCCUUCAUUUGAGAAACUUAACAGUGUCUCUUUCCAGAACCCGAUCACACCCAGUUAUUAUGCCACUUAAAAUAAUCCGCAGACCUUGUGAGCAGUUUCAUGUAGGAACUAUUUCCUUUCUACAGAUCCACACCCACCAACCAAAUCACAGUGCAGACGGAAACAGAACCGGGUCAUGAUUCGUGGAAAGAGACAUUGAUGUUGAGUUUUUCAAAUGUAUUUUUUGGCGUUUAGAAUACCACAAGCUGAGUGACAUCUUGUUCCAAUUCAGACAAAAGGUGUGCACUGCAUUUUAUUUUAGAACUGUACUCUUAACUAGCUAAAGAAACCCUAUGGAUAUAUUUUGUGUCUGCUGGAAAGAUUUUACAAGUGCUAUCACUGAAAUGACAUUUACAUUGACAUUGACAUUUACAUCUUGAGCAUAGGGGAAUCUUCUGGGAAGUUUAGAGUAGCAGGGUGUUGUUAUUUCAGUCAGCUGGCAGCUAGGCCGAUCCUGUGCCUUAUAACUUGCUCCUGCUUGUUACCUUCCUCUGACUCCUGCAAAAAGAGACAGUGUUCUGAGACGUUAUGUUCCUGCUGCAGCUCUAUAGUUUUUUCCUAUUUCUGAGUUUUAAAUGGCACUGGUAGACUCUGGGAAUCAAAUAAUUUCAAAGUUGUGAUGAAAAUAUUUAGAGAGCAGCUUUCCCUAUAGGGAACAUAAAUAUUUUUGUACGUAUACACUUGCCUAAAUUUGGCAUUUUCUUUUUCAUGUUGUACCACAGUCCUUAUGUAUGUGCACUUGGUGUGACAUGUACUGAUGUGUGACCAUUUACAGAAUUUCGACAUGGAUGGAGCUGCAACUAAAGAUUAUUUUUAUUGUCGA